AUGUACUGGCCGGUUGCCACCCCGCGCAUCUACGCAACCAGCAGCAGUCGCCAGGUAACGAUUACCGUCCAUGCCGUCAGCCACGACGGCCUCGACCUGCCAUCUCCCUCAGCCUCCAGCCAACGGCUGUCGCCCGGUCAUGGCUCUUUCAGUCCGGCGCUCGGCUCGACCGGGCCGUCUGGUCACGACGCUCUCGGCCUGCCUGUGGAGCCCAUGACCCCGGCCACACCGAUGACCCCGGCGAUCCAGUCUGUCGAGCAUGCUUUCCACCAUGACGGCCACGACGGCCUGUCACCACGACCGGCACCGCCUCUUUCUGUGCUGGGAAAGGAGCCUAUCUUGGCCCUGCAGCUGUCUCGGUCAGGCCAUCUCUUUGCCACAAUCACAGCCACCUCGAUGACGAUAUGGCAGACCAAGCCGACCGUUGUUCUGGCCGUUGUCGUGCGAUCCAACGUCUCGCUCGCGUCCUACGGCGACAAUGUCGACCUGCUGCUCCGGCCCGACUCGGCUAUUAUUGUGGUGUACACAAGCCGAGGCUUCCUGAUCACCUACUCGCUGGCCACAGAUGCGGUUUCCCAGGUGUACAAGCCGCAGUUCAGCAGCCACACGAAUGUGCAGCGUCGUCGACAGAGCCACGUCGGCGACCCGGGCCACGCGCGCCCCGACCAGAUUCUGUGGGGUCCCGGGGAGGGCGGCGGCGUGCACGAUAUCAGCGUGCGCUUCCGCAUGGUCAUCAAGGUGGAUGCCGGGAUCGAGAGCGCACUGGCACUGGACGACGAGCUGGUCGUGGCCACAACCAAACCGGCGGCCGUGCAGUGCAUCCGUUGGACGCCGGACAACACAGGCAGCCAGACGAGCACGGAGCUCCUCAGCCGCAUGGGCUGGUUGGACAAGAAGGUCACUGUCUGUGAGAUGACCCACGACAAGCCCAUGAGCCUAUCAACCUGGGUCACAAGCGACGGCAAGGCUUAUGCCGUGCAGCGGAAUACCGGCAGCCCGUCCGGUUCGCGUCCGGAGUCCAGCCCUGCUUCUUCCUCUGCCUCGAUCUCAUCUACCUCCUCCCAGAAGAAGCUUUUCCGAGGCUACUGCUUUCACACACCACAAACGGCCCAAGAGAAUGCCCGGCGUGCGGCUAUUAAUGCGCGCUUCUCGCUCGUGGCCGUUGGCUGCGUCGACGGCCACGUCCGCGUAUACUCGGCACGUGACUACGUGGGCAACAUCCCGCCAUCACAUACGCACCAGCCACCCGUAUCGGCGUCGACCACUGGCCGCCUCACGAAGCUGACCUACUCGCCCGACGGCCACUGCCUCUUUGCCGGCUACGAGAACGGCUGGGCCACCUGGAGCGUCUACGGCAAGCUGCUGGGCCACAGCUUCCAGGCCGAGCGCGACUUGGCCAGGGCCAACGGUGAGGAGUGGCUGGUGGGCGUGCAGGACGCCGCCUGGGUGGGCGGCUCAGGCGAGAUGCUGUUGCUGGGACGGCAGCACGAGGCCGUGUGGCUGCUGGAGAUGGCGCGCAGCGCAGCCGCUGGCUGCUAUGGUCCUGCGAACGUGUUUCGCACUGUAUUGCUGACUAACCAGAAUAUCAUGGUCUACCGCGGCUACGACCAGCCCGACAUGACGGCAAUCUCGGCGGCGCCGUCCCUGUGGCACACCGCGCGCAUCCCGUCGACAUACCUGCUGCAGCAGUGGCCGAUCCGGCAGGCCGUCGUGUCGGCCGACGGCCGCUACGUGGCGGUGGCAGGACGCCGCGGGCUGGCGCACUACAGCGUGGCCAGCGGCCGGUGGCGGGCGUUCGCGAGUGACGCCGGUGAGAACGAGUUUCAGGUGCGCGGCGGCAUGUGCUGGUACCAGAACGUGCUGGUGGUCGCAGUGGAGGCGAGCCGGGGGGUGUACGAGCUGCGGCUGUAUGCGCGCGAGUCUGCCCUAGACAGCGGCGCUUUUCACGUGGAGCCGAUGCCGGCAGCCGUCGUGCUGGUGACUCCGUCGGGCGAGGACUCUCUGCUAGUGUACACGCACGACAACCUGCUGCACCACUUUAUCUUUGCCAGCGGUGGCGGUGGCGGCAGCACCAGCGGCAUCCGGCUGGUGCAGGUCGGCCAGAUCGGCUUCCACGGCAUCGUGCGCAGUCCUGCACGAGUGCGCGGCCUGAGCUGGGUGCUGCCGGACAGUCAACUGCUGGACGGUGACCCGUCACAGGACGUGGCCGUGGCAUCCGUGUUGGUGCUGGUGGACGGCAAGCUGGUGCUGUUUCGACCGUCCAUCAACGACGAGGGCCAGCUCAAGUACGACAUGCGCAUCCUGGCCCAGAGCGUCGAGUACUAUGUGUGCAUGAAGGAUCAGCCGUCCAUGGAGGACGGUGCUGGUGCUGGUGCCGGCGAUGAGGACGCUGCUUUUAUGCGCAAAUCGCUGUGGCUCUGUGACGGUGGCGAGCUCAAGGUCUGGCCGGACACGCAGGUCGUUCUAGAUGCAGUGGUGUCCGGAGGCGAAAUUCCGCCGCCUGUCACCAUCGCCGUCGACUUCUAUCCGCUGUCGGUACUGCUGUCUAAAGGCCUUGUGCUGGGCGUCGAGCCCGAUCUGGUGCAGCGUCGAGACGUCGGCUUUUCAUAUUUCCGAUUCGCCAUCAGAACCAACCUUUUCCUGCCCGAUGUUCUCCGCUCCUACCUAGCCGGCAACCGUGGCUCGGCAGCCCUGCAGCUCGCCCGACGGUACCAGCAUCUAGUGUACUUUGCACAUGCGCUUGAGAUUCUGCUGCACCAGGUGCUGGACGAAGAAGUUGACGCCGCCCCGCCGCCCGCACCAGACGCCGCCGUACUGCCGCGGGUGCUGUCGCUGCUGUCGAGCUUCCGCGCCUACCUAGACAUUGUGGUGCAGUGCACCCGCAAGACCGAAGUGCGAUCGUGGCGCACGUUGUUUGCAUACCUGCCGCCACCACAGGAGCUAUUCGAGGAAUCGCUGCUGCGCGGCAGCCUGAAGACUGCCGGUGGCUACCUGCUCGUUCUUCACACCUUUGACGAGCUGGCCACGGCCAGCGAACAGGGCAUCCGCCUCCUGCGUCGUGCCAUGCGCGAGGGCGACUGGGAGCUGUGCCGCGAGCUGGCACGUUUCCUAGCCGCCAUGGACGACAGCGGCCAGACGCUGCGGGAGGCCUUGGCACAGGCGCGUCAGGCGGACGGCGAAGAGAGAGGCUCGGGUUCUGCUGCUGGCGGUGAUUACAAUGAUGGCGGGCCGACAAUGCAGCUGGCAAUCCCGCACCGUAACGGGGGCCACGCGAGUCCAUCCGAGUCAGAUGUGCAGUCGGCUAGCGACGAUGGCAAUAGCAGUGGCAGCAGCAUCAUUAGCAUCAGCCCGGGGGCAGCCGACAGUCGUUAG